AAUUAAGAGUUGAAUCUCUUGUAAAAACACAACAAAAUGGUUAUGUCACAUUUUGCACGUUAAAAGGCCUGGAAACCCUAAUUUGGCCGUUAGUUAACGGUUAACAGUUAACAGAGUGAUAGGAAGAAACGAAUCAGGUAAUCAAAUACGCAUGUAGGUGCAGUGCAAUGUGUUGAGCGAAGCAAGGAGUUUUAUCAAUGGCAGAAUGUGUGACCUCCCCAUUAUGUGUUAAGUUGCAUAUGCAGAGAAGCCCUUUUACAGAGAGAGCCUUUUCGCAUCAGACCGCCAAUUUCAAGACUUUUCGAAGAAAGUAUUCUAGAAAUGGACGUGAAUUUUUUCACUUCUUUACAAAGAAAACAUUCAAGCCAAGUGUAUUUGGGUCUGCAGAUUUAAAAAUUACUCACCGUCUUCGGGCACUCCCUUUAAACUGCAUUGGCAUUGGAGCUUUGGUUGACUUUGAUGGUACAGCGGCUUCUAAUUUGGUGCCAGUUGUUAAUCAGGCUCUUUUGUUGGGUAGUAUAUUGCUUACUUAUAUGGCUGGAGUAAUUCCUGUUGACAAAUCUUAUACCAGUGAUCAGAAGAUCAAUUCUGGCAAAAAUGUGUUACGUGAGAGCUCAGACAUUUCUGGUAGUGCAGUGAAGCAAAAUGAUCAAGUUGAGUCAAAGUAUGUAUUAGAUGUGGUGAGAGAAAAACUUUUAAAUUCACUAAAUGCAUUAGAGAAAGAGGAUUAUGCGGGGGACAUCAUCCUUCAAUCUGCAAAGAGACCACUGAGUUUAAAUGCUGUUGCCGAGGGUCCAAAGUUAAGGUUACUAUGGACUUCUUUUCAGCAAGUUGAGGAAGAGGUUAAUAAUAUUUCAAGUGUUUCCACAUCUGUUGGUAUGAAUGAUCUACUCAAAGUUUUUUCUGAAGUUAUUCAAAGAUCCUGUCAUUCUAUAUGUGCUACAUGGCUGGAAAAGGAAUUUUUUCUUCUAAAAGGCAACACUGACAAGGAAUUUGUUGCUAUGAUACUUGAAAAAGUUAAAGGGGAUAAUGUAAUUGUACAGAACAUUACAAGGUCUGGCAAGAAAGACCUGUAUUCAGAAUUACUUUGUUAUCUUACUUUUGGUUUGCUCAGGGACGAUUCCUGUUAUGAUUCCAGUAUAUUUGCUACUCAUGGUGUGUCCGUAUUAGAAGAUUUAGUGAUAGCUCUGGCAGAUGGGGUUGCAAGCCUCUAUCUGGAAUUUAUAUCUGUUGAUAGUGAUGUGUCAAGUAAAACAAAUAGCUUGGACGUGUCAUUUUGUGCUUUGUCCACCAGAGAACUCCAAAAAUUACGUAAUGAGGUGGCUUUGAACCAGUGGUUGUACCACAACAUGGACACAGUUGUGUCAAUGUAUGAGGAUCGCUUCGACUUGUGUACACUUGAGAGCCAACCCAUCGAUCUACCAGACAGCAGUCAGACUGAACAACAAUGUUGGUGGAAGAAUCUUAUCCAGCAACAUUCAAAAACCAUGUCACAUGAAUUACAUUAUAUUGAGAUAAAUCAUUUCUCAAUGCCCAUAAAACGGACCAAGGAAUUAAGAGCCCUGACAGGAUGGCGAUAUUACUUCAGCCUUCUCCUUGAGUUGUCUGACAUCACCAUGCCAAUUGUUAGAAAAGUUAUUGAUAAAGCAAGUGAAGCUAUCUCAUUCUUUUUGGUUAGCUUGAUUGGCAGGUCUUUAGGACUCAUUUAUACAGGCAUUAGGCAGUCCCUUAGAUGGAAGUGAGCUAAGUAGUACAGUUUUGUGCAGCAAUUAUUUUACCUCAUUUAUGCUUCCUUUUGCUUGAUAAAUACUUGUGAUAUAGUUGUAGUUUAGAUUCAUUCAAAUUGGAAAUAUAGCAUUGCCUUCCAUCCAUCUUUAGUUCAAGCAAAUUUAGCAUUGAAUUGUGCAUUUUGGACUUGGAUUCGUUCAAUACUCAAGUAACAUUACAAAAAGGAACAUUUUCAUUA